UUAGAUAGAUAUAGCAUACAUUUUUUGUCAACAACAAUAAGUAUACAUAUACAAUGUAUAUAUUGAACCUAUAAUAGAAAAAAAUCAAAUAAAUAAACAUUUUAUGUAAUCCCGCCACUUGGGAGACAGAUCACUAGUUAGUUGAAAUGGAGGCUUUCAAGCUUCGGAUCCAACGCACGUAAUCUCUCUCUCUUUCUUCUCUCUUUUUUCUUUCUCUCUUCUUUCUCUCUGUAAAACUUGUCUAAUGGCAGAGAUCUGCUGCGUCAAAGAGAUCCAAGAAGAAGACGUGGAGAAGAUCCGAUUACCGACCCGACCCGAAUUAGACAUUCCUGACUCUGAUCACGAAGAUCCAACGGUCAACGAAGAAGAAGGGUGCAAGACUCCAACAUCGUCCGAUCACAAGAUUCCGGAGGUGAAGUAUACGUUAUGUCCACCGGCUCCGAGAAAACCAAAACCGAAUCGAUCUUCCGGUACGAAACGGAAAUUAACGCCGGUUAAUGUUGUUAACCGCAUACCGAUUGAUCUGAGCCGUGAGAUCGAGAUGUUCUUCGAGGAUUUGGACCGUAGGAUCAAGAAGUCACGGAAACAAUAAGAAGAUUAUUGCCUUAAUUGGUAAUGAUCGUUCAUUUCUAAUUCAUGACUGUGUGGUGGUAAUUUGAUCCUUUGAAUUUUUCUUCAUUUUUUUUCUUUUUUUUUCGUUUUCUGUAUAAUUAAUUAGCUAAUAACAAUAAGAAAAUUUAUGUAUCAUUUAAUUUGGAUUUAUACAACUGAUGAAACAAAGUCAAAGCUCACAUUAUAAUUUCUUCUUUUCAAUUUCAAC